UUUUGGGCUUGAUUGUGGUUAAAGGUUUGUUUUGUUUUUUUAAAAUCCAUUUGCUUCCUUUGUGCUUAACGAUAAUUUGAUGUAGGUUUCACAUAAUAUUUAUACCCAAGGAAACAAGAAAUUGUCAAAGGCAAUAAUAGUUCCUGAUAACUGUAAGCAAAACUGUGAACAAAAUGUUUGCAUUUAUUUUACACAUACCUGAGAGGUGCCAAUAUUGAGAAAAUACUAGAAGAAAAAAAGGAAGUUUCAAUUAAAAAUGAUUUGUUUAGAGUAAAGAUAAAUUUGUCCUCCAGAUAUUUAAGGGGAAAUGUUUCAUCAUUGUGUGUAGUGUUCUUUUUACAAUCAUUUUGGAAAUUAUUUUAAAGGGUGCCAAUACUUUUGAAGUGUAGGUCUAUUUUAUGUGGGUUUGACAGUCGGUCUAAAUGAAUAGCCCAAAGUUUUUCUCACUGCUCUCAGUCUUUAUUUCACUAAUAAUGAUGGAUUGAGCUCCAUGCUUUCUCUCUUGUGGCAUUAGUAGUUGGAGAAUUCUUUGUUUAAUGGGAGGAGUUGAUCAUAUGUAGGAAAAAGCUUCGUGAAAACUCUUCCUCAAGCCAAUCAUUACUCCCACAUAACCACACAAAGCCUAAUCUCACGUUUUAUCACGUCGCCUUGUUUUUCCUCGUUUGCUGAGUGUGAAGCAUCUUCCAUCGCUUCACACGUUCUGCUUUCUCAGAAAGCAGCUCUUGAAUGCUCACUGAUGUGCCGGGCUGAGUAAAGUCCAGCCAGAGGCAGAUCAUUAACCUGCUUAAUCUAUCCCUGCUCCUCUCUCCUCUAUAAAGCCCUGUUGGAAGACGUGUGAAUAAGGACUCAGUAACAUGGGCCCCGCAGAGCCCACGCUUACGUCCAGCCUCCACAGAUCAAGGAAGCACUCCAACGCAGCAGCUGACCCUGAGUUGCCCCUUGAAGAUGGCCGUGUGCAGGACCUGGCUUCUGAGGAGGUCGAGGGCAGUGAACAGCUCUCUAGAGUCAAUGCACAGACACUGGGCUUUGAUAUGAUCUACAGAAUCGAGGAUGUACCACCCUGGUAUUUGUGUAUUUUGCUGGGACUACAGCACUACCUGACAUGUUUCAGCGGCACCAUCGCUGUGCCUUUCCUACUGGCUGAGGCCAUGUGUGUGGGCCGAGAUCAGUACACUGUAAGCCAGCUAGUCGGGACGAUUUUCACCUGUGUGGGCAUUACUACUCUUAUACAAACCACUUUUGGUGUCAGGUUGCCCCUGUUUCAGGCCAGUGCUUUUGCUUUCCUCAUCCCUGCCCAGGCCAUUCUAAGACUGGAGAGGUGGAAGUGUCCUCCUGAAGAGGAGAUUUAUGGAAACUGGAGCCUACCCCUCAAUACCACACAUAUCUGGCAGCCCCGGAUUAGAGAGAUCCAGGGGGCCAUUAUUGUGUCUAGUCUGGUGGAAGUGGUAAUUGGGCUGGUGGGAAUUCCUGGACUCCUGCUCAAUGCCAUCGGGCCUCUAACCGUCACGCCAACCGUGUCCCUGAUUGGCCUGUCCGUGUUCCAAACUGCUGGAGACCGUGCAGGCAGCCACUGGGGCCUCUCUCUGCUAUGCAUCUUCUUCAUUCUGCUUUUUGCUCAGUAUCUCAGAAAUUGGGCUGUCCCCUUUCCCUUUUAUUCGAGACAGAAAGGCUGUCACACCUCCCGUUUCCAGAUCUUCAAGAUGUUUCCGAUCAUCAUGGCUAUCAUGCUGGUGUGGUUCGUGUGUUAUAUCCUCACGUUGACGGAUGUGUUGCCCAAGGACCCGGAUAUGUAUGGCUACAAGGCUCGAACUGAUGCCAGGGGGGAGAUCAUGUCCCAAGCGCCAUGGUUUCGCAUGCCCUAUCCCUGUCAAUGGGGUUUACCCACAGUGACUGUAGCUGGUGUGCUGGGAAUGUUUAGUGCCACUUUAGCUGGCAUAGUGGAGUCUAUUGGAGACUACUAUGCAUGUGCCCGUCUUGCUGGAGCACCCCCACCUCCUGUUCAUGCCAUCAACAGAGGGAUCUUCACGGAGGGUGUGUGCUGCAUCAUAGCAGGCUUAUUGGGAACAGGAAAUGGCUCCACUUCCUCCAGUCCUAAUAUUGGGGUGCUUGGCAUUACCAAGGUGGGCAGUAGGAGAGUGGUGCAGUAUGGGGCACUCAUAAUGUUUCUAUUAGGGACCAUUGGGAAGUUCACAGCCUUGUUUGCCUCACUGCCGGAUCCAGUGCUUGGAGGCUUGUUCUGCACCUUGUUUGGUAUGAUCACAGCUGUGGGUUUGUCUAACCUGCAGAGUGUGGAUCUAAACUCCUCACGAAACCUUUUUGUCCUGGGGUUCUCCAUGUUCUCUGGCCUUAUGCUCCCCAAUUACCUGGAAACUCACCCAGGCAGCAUCAAGACAGGUGUCCCAGAGCUGGAUCAAAUCCUUACAGUUCUCCUGACCACAGAGAUGUUUGUUGGAGGAUUCUUAGCAUUUCUUCUGGACAACACCAUUCCAGGCACAAAAAAAGAGCGCGGUCUCACCGACUGGAAGGCUAAGGACUCCUCAGAAAUUGAUGGUGUCACUUCAGACACUUAUAAUUUCCCAGUCGGCAUGGGGAUGGUAAGACGGCUUGAUUGUCUUCGGUACCUGCCCAUCUGCCCCACUUUUCAGGGCUUUAAGAUGUGUCGGCGCAAAAAAAGCUUGUGUAAGGAACUGAACAAUAAGAGUGAUGAAAGUGCAGUGAGGAACAUUCCAGAGAUUGCAAACUGCACCAAAGUGUAGACUUGUAUUCUCAUAUGUCAUUGUAUCUUACAUUUUAUACACUGCUGAAUUUUCAUAUCUGGAAAAAAUAAAAUUUUUCUUUGUUAAUGAA